AUGCAGGCUAGAUCCCCGACUGUUGAGUUGCUCAGAGUUAAUGGGUAUGGUUUCCGAGUACACUCCAUUGACAGCAACCUCGAUGUUACACCAAGAAAACUGGACUGGACAAGAAAACUGGAAAACAUCAAGAAAACUGGAGCAACAGCUUCAUCAUCCCGUAUUGUCGGCGGUGAGACCACCACCAUCGAGAACUUUCCGAGCAUCGUGCAAAUUGAUGCCCGGAACUCCGUUACCGAAUCAUGGCACCAAGAUUGCGGAGGCGUGAUCAUUACGUCCAGGCAUAUUCUUACAUCUGCUUCUUGUUUAUCUAGAGGAUAUCGCGACACUAGACUUCAACGCUUCAGGGUUGGUGCAACGCAACGUGGCGUUGGUGGCGCUAUGCAUUACCUCGAUAGGGUUAUCAUUAAUCCAGGCAAUUUGGAAAACAGUUACGUCGAUAAUAUAGCUAUCGCUAGGUUGGCUACUGCGCUAACUUUUACUCCUGCUGUCCAACGCACCGCUAUUCCACCACAGGGAGCAGUAAUUCCAGAUGGUCUUCCCGUUACACAAGCUGGUUGGGGCCAAACUCAGUUUAUGGGUGAAACUUCCGAUGUCCUACGUUAUGUCAACGUCCAAACAGUGAACCGACAGGUCUGCAUUGAACGUUACAGAGAAGCAUUAGACUGGCCUCCUUUAGGUCAAGAAAUAGUCUGCGCUGGUCUUCUCAAUGUUAAUGGAAGAGGAGCCUGUUUUGGUGACUACGGUGGUCCAUUAUAUUACGGAAAUGUGACAAUUGGAGUAAUAUAUGGAAGUGAAGAUUGUGGAAACAGUAAUUUCCCAAGUCUAAACACUAAUGUCGCAAUGUUUUCAGACUGGAUCGUCGCUACGGCUGUUUAA